AUGGAAAACACAAACGUCAUCGCCUGGCUGCUCCCUUCCACCACCAACCAGCCCGCUCUCGAAGCCAUCCGUAUGCCCCAAAAUAACACCAGAAGGGUCGACACGAUCCCCUCAUCAUACGAGCCCGUCGUCCAGACACCAAACCCUGACGCCGCCGCGCCCUCGACGCCCACCAUCGACCCCUCCGUCCUCACCCAGACCUCGUCCUCCUCAUCGCCACCCCAACCCAGACCCCGCCCGGCCCUCGAGCUAUCCUUCACCAACCCCCCCAAGAACCAUCUCGGCUUCGUCCUCGGCACCGAUCCGGAUGCCUGCGACGUCGUCCUCCCCCCACUCCCGGGCAUCAGCCCCGUCCACUGCCACAUCACCUUCGACUCCGAGAAGCGCCUCAUCCUCCGCGACACCUCUGACGCCGGCACCGCCGUCUGGUACGACGCCGACAGCAACGGGGACCGUCGCCGCGAGUCCUGGCUGCUGAGCAGCGGCUGCACCUACGGCUUCCCCUCCAUGGUCGAUCGCGUCGUCAUCGACAUCCAGACCGUGCGCUUCCACGUCCUCGUCAACGACGCCCACCUCCUAUGGCCCGACAUCUACCAGCAGAACGUCGACGCCUUCAUGUCGAGCCUCGCGAGCGGCGGCACUGUUGCUGAGAAGGCACCAACGUCGUCGUCGCCGCCCGUCGUGAUGGACCGAGACGGCGACCUGGACGUGUGCGACUUUUACUACAACUUCGACUUCGAGCUCGGCUUCGACCUGAGCUUCGACUACGACUACGACUUCGACUUUGACAUGUCGGACGCCGAGGACGGCGACGAGAUGGACUUCCUCCCGCCGGUCCCCUCUGUCGUUCCGCCCGUGUACGUAAAGUACCUGCUCACCUCGGACGACGGCAUGCCGCCCGAGACGUACCUCUGGAACACGACGCGGCCUUGGGAGCCGAUGGUCAAGGUCGCUUGCUGA